GCUGGUGUCAUUGUUUCAAGUACAUAUGCAUUUUACAUUCAUCAUGAAAAAUUGAGUCAUUAAAUCAGUUGUAUUAUAUGAUUUGAGUCACUCAGCAUAUUAAAGCUCGACUCAAAUAAAAUAAUUCAAUUAGUAUGAAAUUCAACCUUUAACUAAGAAUUCAACUCACCAUACGCGUCUGAAUUUAGAUUUCGGAACAAUUCUGCACAUAAUAUUCGUAAAUUUGAAUGGCGUCGUCGCAGUCUGUGUUUGAUUUCACCGUCAAGGUUGCUAAAGGAAAUCAAGUGGACUUAGGCAUUUACCGAGGCAAAGUGUUGCUGAUUGUGAAUGUUGCCUCAAAAUGCGGGAUGACCAAUUCGAACUACACUGAGCUAAAUCAAUUGUACGUGAAGUACAAAGAUCAAGGCCUGGAGAUUCUGGCUUUCCCUUGUAAUCAGUUUGGUGAAGAAGAACCUGGAAGCAAUGAUGAAAUCAUGGACUUUGUCUGCACUAGAUUCAAGUCAGAUUUUCCCAUCUUUGACAAGAUUGAGGUGAAUGGUAACAAUGCUGCUCCAUUGUACAAGUUCUUGAAGUUGGGAAAGUGGGGGAUCUUCGGUGAUGACAUUCAGUGGAAUUUCGCAAAGUUCUUGAUCGACAAGACUGGACACCCUGUUGAUCGCUAUUACCCCACAACAUCACCUCUUACAAUUGAGAGGGAUAUUAAACAGCUCUUGGGGCUUCCAUGACCGAUGAGAAAUCCAUGCUCCCGGAAGGUACUACGGACCAGUGGCAGAAUCAGAAAAUGAAAUAAGCCAGUGCUGAAAAUAAAAUUAAAAUUAAAAUUAAUAAUAAUAAUUUUCAAAUAAUUAAUACUCUCUCCGUCCGUCAUUUGGAGUCUCGGUUUGCAAUUUAAGUAUAUUCACCGUUAGGAGUCUCGGUUUGCUAUUUAAGUAUGUCCACAUACUAAUGAGCAAUAAAGCAAUUGUACGUACAUUUCUAUUAUAGCAUGUGUUGAGCAAUAAAGCAACACUUACAUUUCUAUUA